AUGAACGCGCAGCAAGCUAUAGCACGGCUUCCUCCCUUCCUCGUUCCCUUCUUUACAUUCUCCUACCCAACUGCUCCUCCGGCCGUACCAGAUUCAUUCCCCAACUCGUCUUACUACAACACUGGUCCGCUCGAUGCCUGCAUCAUCAUCUCCUGCAUCGCUGUCAUGGCGGUCCUGCGCGACGUUGCUCGCCUGUAUCUCCUGGAGCCCUUCGCGCGAUGGAAACUGACACGCGACAUCCGGCUGCAAAGAAACGCAAAGACCACGAUAACGAACGGAAAAACGAACGGUGUUACCAAUGGUCAUACAGCAACGAGUGACUCCGCGAAUGGAGAGACAAAGGAAAAUGGAGAGGCGAAGGCUACUGGUGUGGAGUACGGUAACGGGCAUGCCGUUCUUUCCGCCACGAACAAACACGCAAAUGGGAACGAGCAUAUAAUAUAUGCCCAAGGCAUUGCACUUUCUCGAAAAGAAGCCAAGCGGAUACACAGGAGUGUGUUGCGCUUCGCCGAACAAGGCUGGUCCGUGAUCUCCUAUACAUUUGUCUGGUGCUUCGGAUUGUAUGUUCACAGCCAGUUGCCCACUCGAGUGCUAGAUCCGAUUGAUGCCUGGUUAAAUUACCCUCACAUUCCUCUUGCCGGGCCUGUCAAGUUCUACUAUCUCCUAGAGACGGCGUUAUAUUGCCACCAAAUUCUCAUCAUCAAUGCGGAGGCUCGUCGCAAGGACCAUUGGCAGAUGAUGACACACCAUGUCAUUACCAUCGCCCUUAUGGUCGGGAGCUACUCCUGCUUCUACACGCGCGUCGGAUGUCUUGUAAUGCUCAUCAUGGACUGGUGCGACAUCUGGUUGCCUCUCGCCAAAAUGCUCCGUUACCUCUCGCUGACGACCGCUUGUGACAUCGCCUUUGUCUUAUUCAUGGUCUCUUGGGCGAUUACGCGUCAUGUACUUUUCAUCCUCGUCAUAAAGUCGACAUGGGACGCGCAAUAUCUCAUUCCUCAUCUGUGGGACCCUGUACGAGGGCAGCCCAUGUCCGCCAAACUUUACUGGUCCUUGCUGGCCAUGAUUAUUGCGCUUCAGGUCAUCCAAAUGAUGUGGUUCUGGAGGAUUUGCCGAGUGGCAUACCGGGUAGUCAGCGGGAAAGGCGCAGAGGAUGAACGCAGCGACGACGAAGAGUGA